CCAUGGAGCGGCGCUGGGCCCUGGGGCUCGGGCUGCUGCUGCUGCUGUGCGCGCCGCCCCCGGGGCUCCGCGCCACGGAAGUCACUCUCAUGGACACCAGCACGGCACAGGGAGAGCUGGGUUGGCUGCUGGACCCCCCGGAGGAUGGGUGGAGUGAGGGGCAGCAGAUCCUGAACGGGACGCCCCUGUACAUGUACCAGGACUGCCCCGUCCAGGAGGGGGGCGACACCGACCACUGGCUGCGCUCCAACUGGAUCUACCGCGGGGAGGAGGCGUCGCGCGUGCAUGUGGAGCUGCAGUUCACCGUGCGGGACUGCAAGAGCUUCCCCGGGGGCGCAGGGCCGCUGGGCUGCAAGGAGACCUUCAACCUGCUCUUCAUGGAGAGCGACCAGGAUGUGGGCAUUCAGCUCCGGCGGCCCCUCUUCCAGAAGGUCACCACGGUGGCUGCAGACCAGAGCUUCACCACCCGGGACCUGGCGUCGGGCGCCGUGAAGCUCAACGUGGAGCGCUGCUCCCUGGGCCGCCUGACGCGCCGCGGCCUCUACCUGGCCUUCCACAACCCGGGCGCCUGCGUGGCGCUGGUGUCCGUGCGCGUCUUCUACCAGCGCUGCCCGGAGACCGUGCACGGCCUGGCCCGCUUCCCAGACACGCUCCCGGGCCCCGGCGGGCUGGUGGAGGUGGCCGGGACCUGCGUGCCCCGCGCGCGGCCCGGGCCGGGCCCCGCGGCCCCCCGCAUGCACUGCAGCCCCGACGGCGAGUGGCUGGUGCCCGUGGGCCGCUGCCACUGCGAGCCAGGCUUCGAGGAAGGCGCCGAGGACGACGGCGAGGGCGAAGGCGAGGGCGAGGGCUGCCGUGCCUGUCCCAGUGGCUCCUACCGGGCUGACACGGACGCGUCCCAUUGCCUCGAGUGUCCCCAGCACAGCGUGGCCGAGGCCGAGGGGGCCACCGUCUGUCUCUGCGAGAGUGGCCACUACCGUGCGCCUGGGGAGGGCCCCCAGGCCGCCUGCUCACGCCCUCCCUCAGCGCCCCAGAACCUGAGUUUCUCUGUUUCCGGGACUCAGCUCUCCCUGCGCUGGGAGCCACCCGCGGACCCAGGGGGGCGCCAGGAUGUCCAGUACCGCGUGGCGUGCGCACAGUGCCGGGGCGCCGUGCAGGACGGGGCCCCCUGCCAGCCCUGCGGGGGCACCGUGCACUUCUCCCCCGGCGCCGCGGGGCUCAGCACGCCCGCCGUGCGCGUGGACGGCCUCGAGCCCUACGCCAACUACACCUUCACCGUCGAGGCCCGCAACGGGGUGUCCGAGCUGGGGCCGGCCCAGCGCGCCAGCGCCUCGCUCAGCAUCAGCAUGGGGCACGCCGAGCCGCUGUCUGGCCUGUCCCUGCGGCUGGUGAAGAAGGAGCCGCGGCAGCUGGAGCUGACCUGGGCGGGGUCGCGGCCCCGCAGCCCGGGGGGCAACCUGAGCUAUGAGCUGCACGUGCUGAACCAGGAUGAAGAGCGGCACCAGAUGGUCCUGGAGCCCAGAGUCCUGCUCACGGAGCUGCAGCCCGACACGGUGUACAUCGUCCGAGUGCGGAUGCUCACCCCGCUGGGCCCGGGCCCUUUCUCUCCGGACCACGAGUUUCGCACCAGCCCGCCAGUUCCCAGGGGCCUGACUGGAGGCGAGGUCGUGGCCAUUAUCUUCGGGGUGCUGCUGGGCGUGGCGCUGCUCCUCGGGAUCCUCGUCUUCCGUUCCAGGAAAGCGCAGCACCAGCGGCAGCCCCGGCAGCGGGAACGCAUCACUGACGCGGACCCAGAGGACAAGCUCUGGCUGAAGCCUUACGUGGACCUGCAGGCUUACGAGGACCCCGCCCAGGGAGCCCUGGACUUCACCCAGGAGCUCGACCCCGGCUGCCUGAUCGUGGACACCGUCAUCGGGGAAGGAGAGUUCGGCGAGGUCUACCGAGGGACCCUGAGAACAUCCAGCCAGGACUGCAAGACGGUGGCCAUCAAGACCUUGAAGGACACGUCCCCCGACGGCCACUGGUGGAACUUCCUCCGGGAAGCCACCAUCAUGGGCCAGUUCAGCCACCCGCACAUCCUGCACCUGGAGGGCGUGGUCACCAAGAGGAAGCCCAUCAUGAUCAUCACGGAGUUCAUGGAGAACGGAGCCCUGGACGGCUUCCUGCGGGAGCGCGAGGAGCAGCUGGUCCCGGCGCAGCUGGUGGCCAUGCUGCAGGGCAUCGCGUCUGGCAUGAACUACCUCAGCGAGCACAACUACGUGCACCGGGACCUGGCGGCCAGGAACAUCCUGGUGGGCCAGAACCUGUGCUGCAAAGUGUCGGACUUCGGCCUCACCCGCCUCCUGGACAACUUCGACGGCACCUAUGAGACGCAGGGGGGCAAGAUCCCCAUUCGGUGGACGGCCCCGGAAGCCAUUGCGCAUCGGGUCUUCACCACGGCCAGUGACGUGUGGAGCUUCGGGAUCGUGAUGUGGGAGGUGCUGAGCUUUGGGGACAAGCCCUAUGGAGAGAUGAGCAAUCAGGAGGUCAUGAAGAGCAUCGAGGACGGCUACCGGCUGCCCCCGCCGAUGGACUGCCCUGCCCUCCUCUAUGAACUCAUGAAGAACUGCUGGGCCUACGACCGGGCCCGCCGGCCGCCCUUCCACCAGCUGCAGGCGCAACUGGAGCAGUUGCUGGCCAACCCCCACCCGCUGCGGACCAUCGCCAACUUUGAUCCCAGGGUGACGCUGCGCCUGCCCAGCCUGAGCGGCUCUGACGGCAUCCCCUACCGGAGCGUCCCCGAGUGGCUGGAGUCGAUUCGCAUGAAGCGUUACAUCCUGCACUUCCGCUCGGCCGGGCUGGACACCAUGGAGUGUGUGCUGGAGCUGACGGCCGAGGACCUGGUCCAGAUGGGGAUCACCAUGCCCGGCCACCAGAAGCGCAUCCUGUGCAGUAUCCAGGGCUUCAAGGACUGAGCCCUGCCCUCUCCCCCCUCUCUCAGGGAGCUCGGAGGGGCUGCGGCCCCUGCCCGCGGCGACACUUGGUGCUGCUCCCGCGCCCCUUGGCCUCUGGGGUCCGGGAGCCUGGGCUUUACAAAGGGCGGGGGGCGCGGGCAGGGGGCGGGCGCGGGUUUAAUAUAUACAGACAUAGAUGCACACACACACUUAUAU